UAAAGCCUUCGUGACUUGCAAAGGGCGCCAUAUUUGUUACGCACAAUAGAGAUUGAAACAUGGCUGCAACAGCCAGAUCAGACGCGCAAAUGAGACAGAAAUGUAAAAAAAUGCUGGGUUCUAAAGGUUCUCAAGAUCCGAUUGAACGUUUGAGACUACAAUGCCUCAGUCGAGGUUCAGCGGGCAUUAAAGGAAUUGGAAGAGUUUUCAGAAUUAUGGAUGAUGACAGAAAUAGGUCUUUAGACUUCUCUGAAUUCAAGAAGGGUAUGCGUGAAUACGGCCUCUAUUUGGAUCCUAAGGAAUUACAGGAGUUAUUUAGUGCCUUUGACAAGGAUGGCAGUGGUGUUAUUGACUUUGAUGAGUUUCUCCUAGCUCUCAGACCACCAAUGAGUAAAGCCAGGAAAGAUAUCAUUAAUGAAGCAUUUAAUAAACUGGAUAAGACAGGAGACAGUGUUAUCACAAUAGAUGAUCUCAGAGGGUUAAAAGAAAAAGAUGCCAACUGGAAUUCUACUAAAUGUACUUAUUUCAAUGUUCAACAACAGUUCCUUAAACCAUUCGAGAUACUUGCAAAGUCAGGUUGGAAUCCACCACAUAACAAAAGCUUUGCAGACUUUUUGUUAAAUCACUGUAGUUUGGCUGUUUUAACCAAAGAGAUGGAAGAGAUCAUCCAGAAAGUCAGAGAUGCUUGCGCAAAAAGGGGAAUCACUGGAUUGUCCAAACUGGGCAAAUUUGCGCAUCUUCAGGAGGCUACGAUGCUUUUCAAUGAAGUUGACAAAGACGAAAAGGGAGGCAUUGAUUACGAGGCGUUUUUGGCUUUGAUACGGGGAAACGAGAAUUCAUUGUCACCUGGAUGCUUAGAAGUUGUUAAACAAGCUUUUGACAAGAUGGACACUUGUAAGGACGGAGUUCUUAAGUCAGAGGACAUCGCAAAGUAUUACAGCGCAGAUGAAGGUACAAGCUUCGAUGCGUACUUGGCUCGUUUUGACAGUGAUGCAAAGGGUGGGCCUGUUGAGAUAACCAGAGAAGAGUUCAUUGAGUAUUACACCAAACAGAGAAACAACUUCUAUAAAGAUGAUGAUUACUUCAUCACUUCGCUUAAAAGGUCUUUUAAACUCUAAGGUUAAUUCCAGGGAUUCGCCUUAGUCCAGUCCCUGACCGAGUAUGACUAUGAUCCCUCUUUGGUGUCAAGUUAAAACAAAGGCGCAAAUAAAAUGAUUGAUUGCACCUUG